GAUAUUCGUCGUUUUAUCGAACUCUAGGGUUUGAUCGCUUCUGUUGGGAUCGCGCCGGCAGCAGAUAAUCUUUGAUUGAUUUUGCUUUUUCAGAGCCUCCAUUGGUCCAAAUCCUUGAAGCUUCAGGAGGAGAAAUGGAGGAAAUCGGAUUUUUGGGGUUGGGAAUAAUGGGGAAGGCUAUGUCUAUGAACUUGCUUCGCCAUGGCUUUAAAGUUACUGUCUGGAACCGCACACGAUCCAGGUGUGAUGAGCUCGUUGAGCACGGGGCUACUGUCGGAGAAUCCCCUGCUGAUGUAAUCAAGAAAUGCAAGUAUACAAUUGCAAUGUUGUCUGAUCCUGCUGCCGCUUUAUCGGUUGUUUUCGACAAAGAUGGUGUUCUGGAGCAAAUUGGCUCCGGCAAAGGUUAUGUUGACAUGUCAACUGUUGAUGCAGAGACUUCUUCGCAGAUCUGCAAGGCAAUCACAGCGAAGGGCGGUUCUUUCCUUGAAGCCCCGGUGUCAGGUAGCAAAAAGCCAGCCGAGGAUGGCCAGCUGGUGAUCCUUGCUGCUGGAGAAAAGGCACUGUAUGAAGCAGUAAAGCCUGCUUUCGACGUAAUGGGGAAGAAAUCCUUCUUCCUUGGGGAAGUUGGGAAUGGCGCAAAAAUGAAGCUUGUCGUUAACAUGAUUAUGGGCAGCAUGAUGAACGCAUUUUCGGAGGGGCUCGUAUUGGCAGAUAAAAGUGGGCUGAAUCAAGACACCCUUCUGGAUGUACUGGAUCUCGGCGCGAUUGCAAAUCCGAUGUUCAAACUGAAGGGACCCUCGAUGGUACAGGGUAAGUAUUCCCCUGCCUUCCCCUUGAAACACCAGCAAAAGGACAUGAAGCUGGCUCUUGCCCUCGGGGAUGAAAACUCGGUGCCUAUGCCUGUCGCAGCUGCUUCGAAUGAGGCCUUCAAGAAAGCGCGAAGCUUGGGACUCGGCGACCUCGACUUCUCGGCUGUACAUGAGACUGUUAAGUCUGACAAAGGUUCUUCCUAAUCCUUUCACUAUUGCUCGUACACAUAUUUGUGCAUAGAUCCUUAAGUAGAUCUUGCAUUGCUAUGACAACAUAAGAUCUUUCAUGAGUUCGAUGGUCAGGUAAUUGGUUAAAGUUUGUGAUCAUUGUUGUAGUUUGGGAAUUGUUACAGUUCCAUUGUGCCGUCACCAAAUGAAAUAUAGCCUAUUAUGACA